UCAUCAUCACCUUUACUCCGUACUUACAAAAGCCGAGCAUGACAGCAACCACCAUUCUGUUUGCGGCUCCUUCCCUUGAGCAGUCUCUAGCUGGGCAUUCACUUGUUCCCCGUUUAUAUUCCGGACCCUCAUGUCGGUCACUGAAACAUGACCAACAAAAAUGGUGACGCAAACCCGCCGGUUGCCGACAUUGGACAGAGGUUCACCAAGUAUCUCCGAGAAAAAAGCCAGCCUUCGGACAGGAAACCAGUCGACUCAGAACCGAAGAAGCCUAUGAUUGAAGUUCCCAGCAAGUCCGAAACCUCAAUUCAACAGGUUGGAUCCCCUAAACGGAGCGCUGAAGCAUCAGAGCCACGAGACCCGUCUACACCAAACGACCGCGACGGCGGUCUGAACGAGCGAAAAGCUAAAAGGCACAAGUCGCCUCCUUCACAGGAACCAGCUUCGCCAACCACAAACGCAUCGCCCAAACCCCGAGGCACCCCGUCCACCGCCCAGGCUACGACGGCAACCGCUACGCCUCAACGAAGCAGAGCAAAAGGGCCCGCUACGGAUCCCAACCACGGCUUUGACCCCGUGCCCCGGGCGCGCAAGCCGCUUUGGCAGGAUGGCACCCCGGGAAUGACGAAGCAACAGGCGGCGGUGGGCGCCCUCACCACUCAUUCGCGUGGAACCACCACAAAUAAUGCACGUCUCACGCCGGUAUCGGGCCAGCCUCGUCGCGCUUCGAGCUCAAAGGGGGGUAGCGGAGGCAGCGACGCGACUGGGGAAAUCGACGAGGUCAACAAGUUGGUAAAGCAGCCAGAGACGCGUCCUAUAGGUCAGGAGCAGCUAGUGGCUGAGGUAAAGGGCAUAUAUGCUGGCCUUGUUAUGGUCGAAAACAAGUGCAUAGAGGUCGACAAUGCACAGAACUCGCUCAACAACGAUUCGGCUUCCCCCAAGCUAAACACCGACCAGUGGCAAGCUCUGAUUGCCUUGCACCGCACGUUGCUACACGAGCACCACGAUUUUUUCCUCGCCUCUCAGCAUCCUUCGGCAAGCCCAGCGCUGCGUCGUCUGGCUGCCAAAUACGCAAUGCCGGCGCGCAUGUGGCGACACGGCAUUCAUAGUUUUUUGGAGCUUUUGAGGCAUCGUUUGCCACAUUCACUGGAGUACAUGCUCACAUUCAUCUACUCGUCGUAUUCAAUGAUGGCGCUCUUGUAUGAAACGGUGCCAGCGUUUGAAUAUACAUGGAUAGAAUGUUUGGGAGACCUUUCACGAUAUAGAAUGGCCAUCGAAGACGACGAUGUUCGCGACAGGGAGGUCUGGACCGCGGUUUCUCGCCAGUGGUACUCACGAGCUAGCGACAAGGCGCCCACCACCGGACGCCUGUACCACCACCUAGCAAUUUUAGCGAGACCCAACGUUGUAGCACAGCUUUUUUACUACGCCAAGAGUUUGUGUGUGCCCAUCCCCUUCAACAGCGCUAGGGACUCAAUUCUCACCCUUUUCGAACCCAUCAUGGCUGGCACGCACGGUAAGCUGCACGCCGUCGAUCGUGCGUUGGUCAGGUGUCACGGGACUUUCUUCACCGGCAAGGGCGCCGAAGAUCUCGAAGAGGCGCGCGAUGAAUUUCUUUCCAACCUCGACCUGGCUGUGGCCAAGGGCGCACGCCGCUGGCUUGAGGCUGGAUAUCAAAUCGCCGUGACGAAUCUUUGUGCACUUUUCGGCUAUGGCUUGCCCGCCAACGUUCUCAUGAGGGCAUUUGAUGCUUCGACAAGAGAAGCUCCCAUGCCCAAAAUCGUAGUCGCGGACGAGGCGACUUCGGCCGAGUCGCAAGCAGCCUCGCCAGAGACGCAGAAAUCGUCCAAAACUGAUGACGAAAACGGACCAGCUGCCACCACGGAAGCCAAAGAGGACGUGGUCGACCCCUUGAAACAUUUUAAACAAGUUCUCCAGUUUGUGGAAAGCACAGAUACGAUCGUCCUUUCACGGCUGGGAGAUCUAAACAUACUUUCUUACGCCAUCGUCAAGCUGACGUUUCUGCUUGCGAUGGCUCGCUUGAAGGGCCCAGGCGGUGGCGAGCCGAUAACACCAGCAAUGUCGCACCUCGAGGCAUCUUUUCCUUGGCACCUACUCUGUUUGUGCCUGAACUCUUUUGCAGCGGGCUUUGAAACCCCCGAGAAAUACGAAACGACCGAGUUCCCGCGUACGGCCGAGGGGAGGCCGCUCCCCGAGGACUGGGCGAUGCGCGGGCUUGUGUGGGCAGAUCCGGCAGAGGUGGUUUUCCCGCCCGAAUAUUUCGCCGUCAAUGAAAGCAUGGAGGAAGAUGAGAGGACUUUUGAAACGCCAUCGAUGGGGGAGCAACGUCGUGAAAGGUGUCUGUGGCUUGCGUACCAAAUCGCCCAGAUUGGGACGUCGGGAGACGACGCCGACGACAAGGGCAAGGAGGGACGUUGGAUCACGUACGACGCCGACAAGAAGAAGUUUCGUCCGGCCGCCAAGUACGUGUCAGACGUUGAAAUACGGCCUCCGGUAGCCAAGGCGACGGUCCUGGACGACGAGGACGUCCUCCCCGAGGCGGAGCUGGCCUGCAUCAGCUCGGGGCCAGAGGGUUCACUUGGAGCAUUUUCGGUGCAAGAGCAAAAAAACGAAAAACCGACCAUUAUUCAGUCUUCCGACAAAGUUCAAGAUAGUAACAGUUAGGUAAUCGAGCGUAUUAAUGUUCGCAAGAAGGGAAGGAGGGGUUUAUUUUGAUAUGCCAGGGGUAAACAGGCAGGCAGUAUGUUGAAUGGGCCGCGAGGGGGUUUUUUCUCUAUUACUUUCAGGUAGGUCCGGAACGUUUAAUUAUAAACAACCAACUAGAACUAGUCUAGUGGUGAUUAUUUCGAUCCAAGAUAUCCCACUCAACGUCUCUCUCUUUUUUUUUUCAUUCCCCUGUCUUUUCUCUCUGAUUUUCAUUGGUUGCUUUUUCAAAGUUUUUCAAAGGCAGGUUUUCAAAGUUUUGCGUGGCUUCAACCUCAUGAGACACAGGCCGAUUAUCGAUAUAUUGCACACAUACAGAAUGUCCUGGAUCUGCAUGUCUACAUGUUGCAGUCCUCUCGGUAAUUCAAACAAUCCCUUUGCAGACAAGA